UAAGGUCAUAAGCAGGGUGUUGGAAGUGUUCACGUACUUCUAAUGUAAAGCACAAACAUUGUAUUUAUCAAUGUAAAGGCGAAACCAUCUCUAGUAAUGCAUUUGACAUCAAGAAAAAAGGAUUAGAUUAUGAAUGAGAAAUGACAGAAGUCUUACAGAAGGAAUACCAUAUGUGACAGAGAAACAUGCAUAGAAAAAGGAACAUUUCCUGCAUAGUCAAAUAAACCCAAUGGACAUUCACAUUUGCUGCAAGUACAAUGUAAUUUAAGUCACAUUUUAAAGAUGCAAUAUUUAUGAUGAUUGCAAAGUGCCACUGGGCAUGAAUUCAAGUGUGAGAUCGCAUUCAGGUGCAUAUGAUGUUACUCCAACUGCAGGUUCGGCAACCAGUACACUGUGUCAAAUGUUUGAAAGAUUAUUCAGUCGUGGAAGUCAGCGACACCAUCACAGGCAUAACUCAAAUAGGAGGACACUUUCCUCUACAUCUAGUGCAGGCGAUGAUGCAUUGGGACCCCAUUCUUCAGCAGAGCAUGGGGGGUCUGAGACACACCCCCAGGAGGAGGUGAUCCCAGGGGUGGCUCACCAAGUUGAGCAAAAUACUGGUCUCUGUGCUCAUCACUGUACAUGUCUUAACUCCAAUUCUUAUGGUCCUGGCAAGGAGGCAUUCAGGAGAGGAAUUAUACUGCUGAUCAUAGCCAUCAUCUUAUUUGCCACUGGGGCAAUUCUCACAGGACUAGGUCAGUCUAUGCUUGGAGCAGGGUUUGUCCAACUGACAGGACCACUGUUUAUUGGCAUAGCUCUCUUACUUGUCCUUGUGGCUGCUGGUUAUAUAACUAUUGCAAAGAGAUUAAGACAAGAAUAUACUAAUAGACGGCAUAGGAUGCAGUUACACCCUGAUGAAUUUGAUGAAGUUGAUUAUGAUGAUCCCGACUCCGCCACCAGAGACCCAUCCAUUCCACCAAGUGCUAAUAUUCUUCCACCCACAUACAGUGAUGCUAUUCUAGAGGACCAUUUUUCAACAGUUACCCCAACCACAGAACAGGCAGGUAAUUCCGGUGACGUGACACAAUUGAACAAUAAUCAAGUGGUGUCCACUGGGAGAAGUGUUGUGUUUGCCCUAGACUCUGAAGGAUCUGCAUCUCAGGAUGAGAAUUCAAAUGUUUCCUCUUACAAUGGAGCAGAAGACGAGUCUGUUGUUGACGUGUUGCCUGGAAUCAAUGAGAACGAGGAAAUGCAGACGUUACCCCCUACAUACACUGAAGUAUUGCUAGGAACUCCUGAAGGGGAAAAUAUGAAUGCUGAAUUUAGUCAACAUGGUUAGCUUAGUCAUCUAAAUAGACUUUUCAUCAUGAUGUACAAAUAUAACAGCGAUUUUAAACUAUCCAUGUAAAUGAAUUAUAAAGGAAAGAAGGCCCUCUGAAAAUGAAAAAUAAGUAGAUGGUCAUGUCUGAAAGAGGAAACAAAAAAAUUUCUGCUCUCAAGUACCAUUAUGUUUUAAGGUGCACAUCUAAAAAAAAAUUAGAUUCUAAAAUGAGUGCCAUUGUGUAUAAAGUUUAGAAUAUCUAAGAUCGCAUUCACAACGAGUUGAGCCAGGCUUUACAAA